GAUUAUUCAUCAGGGUUUUUACAGGCGAUCGACAAACCGCCUCGCGGAACUGACGUCGUGCCCGUCGUCUUCCUCGAUGCUGCGACCUCGCAGCUGCUGCUCUGGUCCGGCCGCGACACGAGCUCCGAUCGGAGUGCCGCGCGCGUGAAAGAGAGAAAGAGACACCCUCGUUUAUCGCUCGUUCACGCGGAGCAACACGGAGGUGGCGGAGGUCGGAACAUGAAUCGGCAAGGGCGUAGCGCGCGUGUAGACAUGUGAGGUACGUGCGUGCGAGGAAGUGAGAGAGCUAGAGGUAGAAAGAUCCGGCGAGAGAAACGAGCGACGAUCAUGGAAGUCGCCGUCACGAAGCUGGUGCAGUGGUUCAACGAACUCCGAUCCCGGGUACAUCUUUAUCUGCACGCCCAAACUCUUGGUCCGAUAAGGGCGGAAAAUGGCUCACAAGGUGACGAUCAAACAGCCACGCAACAGAAUGACGGCGAAGAGAGGAUCAUUUUCGUCAAUGCCCCUCAUCAGCCUGCGAAAUAUAAAAACAAUCAUAUUACUACCGCGAAGUACUCAUUUCUAUCGUUUGUACCCUUGUUCCUGUUCGAACAAUUCCGUCGCUACAGCAACUGUUUCUUCCUGUUCAUCGCACUCAUGCAGCAAAUACCAGACGUGUCUCCGACAGGACGGUGGACUACAUUAGUUCCACUCAUUUUCAUCCUCAGCGUGUCCGCUUUGAAAGAGAUAAUCGAGGACAUUAAAAGGCACAGAGCGGAUGAUGAAAUAAAUAUGAGGGAAGUAGAGGUGUUGAGGGAAGGGCGAUGGCAGUGGAUACAGUGGCGCGCCGUGGCCGUCGGCGAUGUGGUUAAGGUUCACAAUAACACUUUCUUCCCCGCUGACUUAAUCUUGUUGUCAUCGUCGGAGCCGCAGGGUAUGUCCUUUAUAGAGACCGCCAACCUGGACGGCGAGACAAAUCUAAAAAUCCGACAGGCCCAUCCCGACACUGCCAAUCUCUUGGAUGCCGCCGAAUUAAUGAAUUUUCGCGCGAAUAUCCAGUGUGAACCGCCCAAUAGACAUUUGUACGAGUUUCACGGAGUCUUACGGGAGACCAAUAAACAGAGCGUAGCUUUAGGACCCGAUCAAUUAUUACUCCGUGGCGCGGUAUUGCGGAAUACGCGGUGGGUGUUCGGUGUAGUCAUAUACACGGGACACGACACGAAACUCAUGCAGAAUAAUACUGCGACAGCGCCAUUAAAACGAUCCACCCUGGAUCGGUUGAUCAACACGCAGACGUUGAUGCUAUUUUUCAUACUUCUUUUGUUGUGCAUUCUUUCCGCGAUAUUCAACGUUGUAUGGACGAACGCCAACAAAGAAGGUCUCUGGUAUCUAGGAUUACAAGAAGAAAUGACUAAGAACUUCGCUUUCAAUCUACUGACGUUUAUUAUUCUUUUUAAUAAUCUAAUACCGAUAUCGCUACAAGUGACGCUCGAAGUAGUGAGAUUCGUUCAGGCCACGUUUAUUAAUAUGGACAUAGAAAUGUAUCAUCCGGAAACGGAUACUCCAGCGAUGGCUCGUACGAGUAAUCUGAACGAAGAGCUCGGGAUAGUUAAAUACAUAUUCACGGAUAAAACUGGCACCCUUACGAAAAACGUAAUGGAAUUUAAGCGAUGUUCAGUCGGUGGAAGAUUGUACGAUUUGCCAAAUCCUUUAAAUGACCUCGAAAGUACAAGUGAUAUCAACUGCGAGUUAAUUAAGGAUAUCAAGGAAGGAAGAUCUGUGCGAGAUUUAUCGAAUCCCAUCGAUAAGAAGAAAGCGGAACAUGCGGUCAUACUUCACGAGUUUAUGGUCAUGUUGUCGGUUUGCCACACGGUUAUCCCUGAAAAAUUAGACGACUCCAUAAUUUAUCACGCCGCGUCUCCUGAUGAAAGAGCGCUAGUGGAUGGGGCACGUAAAUUUAACUAUGUGUUCGAUACGCGGACGCCCAGUUACGUGGAAAUUGUAGCUCUAGGUGAGACGUUGCGUUACGAAAUCCUAAACGUUAUAGAAUUCACGUCGGCCAGAAAGCGUAUGUCUGUGAUCGUGAAAACGCCCGAGGGAAAAAUUAAGAUUUUUUGCAAAGGCGCGGACUCGGUUAUUUAUGAAAGAUUAAUGUCGAGUUCUUUAGAAACUAGCGAUCUUGACCUAGAACAUGCAGACGAUUUUCGCGAGACGACCCUAGAGCAUUUGGAAGCCUUUGCCAGCGACGGAUUACGGACGCUCUGUUUUGCCGUCGCGGAAAUACCUGAUAACGUUUAUCAGUGGUGGCGCGAAUCGUACCAUAAAGCGUCAAUUAGUCUUAGGAAUCGUGAAAGUAUGCUGGAACAAGCUGCAAAUUUUAUUGAGAAUAAAUUGACGUUAUUAGGGGCAACUGCAAUUGAAGAUCAACUACAAGAUCAAGUUCCAGAAACGAUACAAGCUUUUAUACAAGCUGAUAUCCAUGUCUGGGUAUUGACAGGAGAUAAGCAAGAAACCGCUAUAAAUAUUGGAUAUUCGUGUAAAUUAAUAACCCAUGGAAUGCCACUUUACAUUAUUAAUGAAUCUUCUUUAGAUAAAACGAGGGAAGUUAUUAUUCAACGCUGUCUUGAUUUUGGGAUUGAUUUGAAAUGCCAAAACGACGUAGCCCUAAUUAUAGACGGCAGUACAUUAGAUUAUGCUUUAUCUUGCGACAUCAGGAUGGAGUUCUUGGAAUUGUGUUCAGCUUGCAAAGUUGUCAUUUGUUGCAGGGUGUCACCAAUUCAAAAAGCUGAGGUAGUUGAUUUAAUUACGAGUAACAAGAAAGCGGUGACUCUUGCGAUCGGGGAUGGUGCGAACGAUGUGGCUAUGAUACAAAAAGCUCACAUCGGCGUCGGUAUCUCAGGUGUAGAAGGUCUUCAAGCGGCCUGUGCCUCUGAUUACUCCAUUGCACAGUUUCGUUUUUUAAAACGUCUGUUAUUUGUUCAUGGCUCUUGGAAUUAUAGUAGAAUGUGUAAAUUAAUCUUGUACUCAUUUUACAAGAAUAUUUGUUUAUAUGUUAUCGAAUUAUGGUUUGCCAUCUAUUCCGGCUGGUCCGGGCAGAUCCUUUUCGAAAGAUGGUCCAUUGGGCUUUACAACGUGGUUUUUACCGCUGCGCCUCCGUUAGCUAUGGGUCUCUUUGAUAAAGUGUGUUCCGCAGAAACUCAUUUGGCUCAUCCAGGACUGUACGCGACGAAGAAUAACGGCGAAUCGUUUUUCAAUAUUAAAGUAUUUUGGGUAUGGAUUAUAAAUGCGCUAAUUCAUUCGUCGCUAUUGUACUGGCUGCCGCUAAUGGCGCUGAAACAAGACGUAGCUUGGGCAAAUGGUAGAGACGGCGGUUAUCUUCUAUUAGGAAAUUUCGUCUAUACGUAUGUUGUAGUAACAGUAUGUGGGAAGGCGGGUCUAAUAAUAAACUCGUGGACUUGGGUUACCCAUUUGGCGACAUGGGGAUCUAUAAUACUCUGGUUCUUAUUUAUUUUUAUAUAUAGUAAUUUUUGGCCCGUCUUAAACGUUGGUGCUGUGAUGCUGGGUAAUGACAAAAUGUUAUUUUCGUCACCUGUUUUUUGGCUAGGACUUAUAUUAAUACCUAUCGCGGUAUUGUUGUUGGAUAUCACAGUAAAAGCAGUGAAGAAUACAGUUUGGAAAUCUGUAACGGAAGCAGCUCGAGAGAAUGAAAUCAGAAAGUCCGAUCCUGGUGAUAUAUUCAACAAUCAAGAUUAUAGAAGCUCAUUGACCGAGACGGCGAGGUUGCUGAAAAAUGUUAAAAGCGUUUUCACCAGGCGCUCGAACGCCGCCACCAGAGUCAAUGUCGAGGUGGAGCUAUCACAUGGUUUUGCGUUCUCGCAAGAGGAAGGUGGCUCGGUGACCCAGACGGACGUGAUCAGAGCCUACGACACGAAUCUUCCGAAACCCGGUGGUAUGUGAUUUAAGCGGGGCGGACGCCGUGUGGCGAGAGGAUGCAGGCUGCUUUUCCAAGCGACCUGAGUGAUGAGAGUUCCGCGUUUUACUCGAUUGACGUGGGAGAGGAUCGACGAUGGAUUUAAGGACCGAGAAGACUUAAGAAAAAAUUCCUAUUCUUUAAUUAGUCGUGUUUUAUUAAGUUAGAAUCUGACGAUCCUAACGAAAUGGCCUUUUAAUCGCGACUGAUCACUAAAGUAUUUUAUUUCGCUGGACUUGUUAUUCGGGAAAAAGGAAUUGCAUACUUGUAACCUGAUGCAUGCAUUCAGAAUGGAUGCGACUAAUUAAUAUGUCAAUAACGUUAAUGUUCGAACCAAGGGUUCCUGUUUGAAUUACUGCGAUCUACUUUUACAGAAGAAUACUCUAAUAUUAGUACGAGUAAUUAUUUUGAUACUUCAUGAAAUUUUAUUCUGAUAUACCAUAGAGAUCUCGUCCUUAAAGUAUCGGGUAGCAGCGCAUUUCGCUCGCAAUGCAUUUGGAAACGCAUUUCGUUUUAGCGUCAAAGUCGUGUGUGCAGAGUCUUAUAUGGUAAAAAAA